AUGGUGACCACGCGAACAUGUCUUUGUUGUUCUGGAGGAAGAUGGUCAGCUCCAUCUUCUCGUCUGGGCUUAGGCGCGAGCCGAUCCGCGCUUUCUUGUCUGGCUGGUGAGGAUCGAGGGGUACUAACUCAACGUCUUCCUCAGGCUUCCAACCUUCUUCAAGGGAGCCUUCCGGGCGGAUUCCCUCAUCUCGAUCCUUCUUGGUUGAAUUCUGGCGCGAGCCGAUUUGCGCCUCCUUCUCUGGCUGAUCAGGAUCGUGGGGUACUAACUCAACGUCUUCCUCAGGCGUCCAACCUUCUUCAAGGGAGCCUUCCGGGCGGAUUCCCUCGUCUCGAUCCUUCUUGUUCGGAUUCUGGCACGAGCCGAUCUGCGCCUCCUUCUCUGGCUGAUCAGGAUCGGGGGGUACUAACUCAACGUCUUCCUCAGGCUUCCAACCUUCUUCAAGGGAGCCUUCCGGGCGGAUUCCCUCGUCUCGAUCCUUCUUGUUCGGAUUCUGGCGCGAGCCGAUCUGCGCCUCCUUCUCUGGCUGAUCAGGAUCGGGGGAUUCUGGCGCGAGCCGAUCUGCGCCUCCUUCUCUGGCUGAUCAGGAUCGGGGGGUACUAA